AUGUCUCACCACAGUGGGAUUGAUCUUAUUAUGAUGUACACACAUAAAGAUAAAUUCUUUGUACCUGCUGUCAAUAACAUACGAUUGAAUUUGGGUGAUGAAUCUGUCAGUGAAGAUCAGGUUAGAGCAGUAUGUAGAGCCAUGCUAGAUGCAACUCGUUUGUUAUAUACUACCCCACCAAAGCCAGCACCAUCACCAUUGGAAAAUAGUGAUUCUGAAUCGAACAAUAGUGCUGACUCUAAAUUUGUUAAGCAACCCACAUUGCAGAGUCCAUCACAGAAGCGCAAAGAUGCAGAUAAUGAUGUUGAUAUGAAUAUAAAACGUAAAAAAAUCAAACAAGAGGAUACUACAGACAGUGCAUCCUCAUCACCUCUCCCAUCACCAGCAAUUAGAGACCCUGAGAAAUGGAACCCUGCCAGACUUUCACAGGAAACAUUGUUUAUCAUGGGAUCUCAUGCUCAUAAAGUAUUAGGUUUAGGAAACUCACGUGGCCGUUUAUACACACGUCACGCUGGUUUGCCUAGGUAUCCAGCUGACACAGCUGACAAAGAAUGGAUUGCUAGUCACAAUUUAGUCAAUGCAGUCGGAGGGAAGACAUAUAUUAUGGUAUUAGAAGACAUUGAAGAACUUGCCAAUAGUGAGGCAUACAGACACAGUUCGCUACCAAUGCUUGGUGAACUAACUGGGUUCAAAGUUCCCAUGUUUAUGCUACGGAAAAUAAAAUCUUAUGUAUUGAAAAGAGCACUAAGUGGCGAUUUGAACAAUGUUGAUAGUCCUCAACCCACAAUAAAUAAUGUUCCUGAAGAGGAUAAAUAUAAGAUAGAGGAUAUUAAAGUUGAACCAAAUCAUGAUAACUUCGAUAGUAAUAGUUUCGAUGCGAGUCAAUACAUUGGCAACGGCGAAAAUAGUAGGGGUUUUUCUGACGUUCCAACACUGAAAGAGGAUACCGACUUUGCUGACAUAAAAGUUGAAGACAUGGACGACAUCAAAGUCGAAAACAUAAAAGUAGAAGAUUUAGAUGAAAUAAAAGUGGAAAGUAUUAAAGUUGAAGAUGCUGACUUGGUCACCAUGAAGGAUAAUUUUGGCGAUAUAAAAGUAGAAGGCAUAAAAUUGGAAGACAAUGAUUUUGGAAUUUGCAAGGAUGGUGAAGAUGACCAGAGCCAUUUGGUGGAUGGUUUGUUAGAAUCAGAUAUCGAAUUUUUAAGCAGAAACUUAGGGAACAUUGAAAGUGAUGCUGAUGCCAGAAAAACUAUUGAGAAACUGACAGGAGCUAAUCCAGACACCAUUACUUUGGUUGGCGAUGAGUUUGAUUUGGGGACGACGUUAAACACCAAUAAUUUCUCAGUAAAUCAAACGAAGUGUAUAACGGUGGCGUCGACAACCAGCGGCAUGGUACACAGUGUACCAGUAGCUCACAUUGCGAAUCCACCUCGGAUUACUGGCAGUACUGUACAUUAUUACACCAGUUCAAAUGUACCACCAAGUGGACAGCGGACGGUCCAUCACUUGCCACAGGCCACUGUCACUAUACAGAGUAUACCAGGUUCAACGUCGCAGAUGAUUCGUGGGAUACCAAUCAGUACUAAAACUGGUACAUUCAGUACCGUCAUGUCUCAGGGUACUGCUAGUACAAUAAUCGGAUUUGGAACACGAACAUCCAAUGCGACUAUAAUUGGAACACCACAAUAUGUCAACGUGUCAUCGAAAUCAUUCCCGACGGGGAAUAUUCUACACAACGCUAUAGUGUCACGAAAUAUUAUGAAUAGAAACAAUCUAGCGGCACCUACAUCUUCUGUAUCAUUCAAUGUGACUGCUGUCAGACCAGUUCUGCAUACAUCUACACCAAAGAUAAGUACAGUCGUCACAGCUAGUUCUAGCGAUUUUGACAGUAUUUCAACUACCAAGGAUAUGAUAGACAAUGCAUGUAACUCUUCAGUUAUGUUAAAGAAAGUCCUCACUUUGGGUAGUGCUGGAGCCACAAAAUCAUUUAUGAUGCAUAAUACACAGAAAGUAUUAUCAACUGGGUUUGCUAAUGGAGUUGCUCCACCCCCCAACGUGACUAUAGUAAGUUCUGGUACAAGUGGUGGCAUGAUGAAUAAUAAUAAUAUUGUACUUUCAUCACCAAAUAUCGCAAGUCCCACAUCGAGUACACUAAGUGCUACACAUGCUACAUUGUCAGCUUUGUUAGCUUCUAAAGCUGAAAAUGCCCAGAAAGGUAAAAACUAA